GCUGUCAAAUGGGAUGGUUGCGUUUCGCCAGUUCCGCUAGUUAGACAUUUCUUUCUUUCUUUCUUUCCGGCUCGUACCUGAGUCAAGUGAACACACAUUUUGUGUAUCAUUUAAACUAAUUUUAUAGCCCCUCGAUAAAACGCCACUAUGGGGCGCGUCAUUCGUGCACAGCGUAAAGGUGCCGGGUCUGUUUUCACUGCUCACACCAAAAAGCGAAAGGGAGAGCCUAAGCUGCGUGCCCUCGAUUAUGCCGAACGUCACGGUUACCUGAAGGGAGUCGUGAAGCAAAUCAUCCACGACCCUGGUCGCGGUGCUCCGUUGGCCGUGGUACACUUCCGCGAUCCGUACAAGUUCAAGUUGCGUAAACAAUUGUUCAUUGCGGCCGAGGGUAUGUACACCGGACAGUUUGUGUACUGCGGCAAACGUGCCCAGCUGCAGAUCGGAAACGUGCUGCCAAUCGGUCUGAUGCCGGAAGGUACCAUUGUUUGCAAUCUGGAAGAAAAAACCGGAGAUCGCGGUAAGCUUGCACGUACCUCGGGUAACUACGCUUCGGUCAUUGCUCACAAUCCGGACACCAAACGCACCCGUGUAAAGUUACCGUCGGGUGCUAAGAAAGUUCUACCAUCUGCUAACCGAGCCAUGGUUGGAAUCGUUGCCGGUGGUGGUCGUAUUGACAAACCGAUCCUGAAGGCAGGUCGUGCCUACCACAAGUACAAGGUGAAACGUAACUGCUGGCCGAAGGUACGUGGUGUGGCUAUGAAUCCCGUCGAACAUCCGCACGGUGGUGGUAAUCACCAGCAUAUCGGUAAGGCAUCGACCGUCAAGCGAGGAACGCCACCAGGUCGCAAGGUCGGUCUUAUUGCUGCCCGUCGUACCGGUCGUAUCCGUGGUGGAAAGGGUGAUGAGAAGUUCAAGGAGAAGGAGAAGAAGUAAAGGGCUAACGGAGAGAAGUGAAAGAGUUAUGAUCGAUCUUGUAUUGUAUUUGAUGGAUCUUGAUCACGCGGGAACGGUUAAUCAAGAAUAAUGAUAAAUAUGUAAAGGAUUUUGAAUACAUGUAUUUUCAAUCUGAA